GUCUGCUAUAGAUGUUUUGAGUUCAAAAGAACAUUUAUAUUUUUCAGUGAUAAAAAAUGUCACAGGGUCCAAUGGAGAAAAAGAAUUUCCUCUGUGUAGGGCUAAUUUGUGUUGACAUUAUGAAUCAUGUGGAAAAAUUCCCAACAGAAGAUUCUGAUAAUAGGGCAAGUGAUCAAUAUUGGCAAAGAGGAGGUAAUGCUUCUAAUAACUGCACUGUAUUGUCAUUGUUGGGCGAGAAUGUGUCUAUUUUUGGAACGAUUGCGAACAGUAAUGAAUUAGGAUUUUUACAGGACGACUUCAAAAAAUAUAAUAUUUCAUUUAAUAACUGCCCAAUUAAAGAGAACGUGACAUGUCCCCUCUCUAUUGCUAUUGUCAAUAAACAAAAUGGAUCAAGAACUAUUAUUCAUCAUAAUCGAAAUCUUCCUGAACUUACUUCCGAUGAAUUCUCGAAAUUAGAUUUAAAAAAUUUUGAUUGGAUACAUUUUGAAGGUAGACCCAGUGUGGAUGAAAUCUCUGGAAUGUUGCAAAUAAUAGACACUUUCAAUGAAAAAUAUGAUAAGAAAAUAAGAACUUCAGUGGAAUUGGAGAAAAAGCGAGAAACCUUGAAGCUUUUAGCUGACAGAGCUGAUGUUAUUUUUGUUAGUAAAGGACAUGCAAGCAUGCUUGGAUACAAUAAGAAAGAAGAUGCUUUAUUACACUAUUUAAAGAAAUGUCGGCCAAAAGCUACAGUAAUUGUGCCUUGGGCCGAGGAAGGUGCAGUAGGACAAGUACAGGGACAAGAUCAAAUGUUCCACUCGCCAUGUUUUUCUCCCGAUAAAGUUAUUGAUACAUUGGGAGCUGGAGACACUUUUGUUGCUUCUUGUAUACAAGCUUUAAGCAGAGAUUUACCCUUGGCACAUGCUUUGAAAAUAGCUUGUAAAGUUGCCGGCUUCAAGUGCGGUAUUAAAGGUUAUGAUGGAAUCAGUAAAAAUCUAAUUGUGUAA